GUAGCUCACAAUUACUUUAAGGAAACAUUCAUUGAUUUUUUUAAUAACUAUAUAUGAAAUCUAGUAUAUCUAUUUCAAGAAAUUUUUUGUGUAACGACCCAAUUCCCAGCCCAGUCACUUCGGCCCGUCAGAGCCCGUUAGUGUUGCAGGAAGCCCUUAGUGAGUCCCAUAUAUAAACCAUUAUUCCCCAUUAUUUUAUUCUUCAGAAACCCUAAGCGUUGUAACUCUACAGAGACUGAGCCGUCACUCAUACCUGAGAUCGUACCGCCGCCACCACCACGUCCAGAGCCGAGAUCGACCAGUUCACCGCCGAUCCCAAACGAAGGUAACCGGAAAUCAUCUUUCCGAUUUGUUUUUAAAACGGCCGUUCAUUCAAUCAAUCAUAACUCAUUAACCAUUUGGAAUUUCGUAAUUCUAAGACCACCAUCGUGAUCGUGACGUCGAGACGAGUCGGGACCAGGAAGAUCAGCCGGAGAGUCGCCCAGACGCGCCGUCAAGCACGGCUUUUCUCCCGCGUCGUUCCGCGCGUGUAGCACAUGCGCCGCCGCCGUCCUCCACACGCUCCGCGAGUGGAUCUCACGCGCCACCACCACGCACCGUGUUCCAUCGCCGCCGUUGAUUCUGGUAAGCCGCCGUUGAUUCUGGUAAGCCGCCGUCCUUUUUCCGCCGUCGGUGACUCGGCAACUCGACCGAGUCGACUCGGCGAGUCAACCAGUUGGGUUAAUCGAUUUCGGUUCGGUUUAGGUUAACCGGUUAUUUAUUAAAUCGAUUUUUGGUUUAAAUUAAUUAAAUUGGUUAAGUUAAACCGGUAGUUAAAAUUGAUUUAAAUUCGAUUAUGGAAAAAUCGAUUUGGUCUAAUUGGAAUCGAUUUUGGUUUGGGUAAACCGAUUGGUUCAAUUUGAUUUCAAUUUGGUCAAGGGUUGACCGGCUUGGGUCAGAGUUGACCGGGUUGACCUUUGACCAGCAGGUUGACUUCUGGUCGGUUGACCUUUGACCAGCAGGUUGAUUUUUGACCAGAUCGCCGGUUAUCCGUUUUUAACCGUUCGAAGGGCGUUCUGACUCGAUUUUUCGCCCUGAUUUCAGAUUUGGGGUCUGUUUGAGCAGUUGGAGUUCAUAGCUACUACUUUUCCACGUUGUUAAGGUGAGGGUCUUUUCUCGAGCUUCUCUUACACGGCUUAGGACCUCGAAUAAGUAUAAUUUGUUUCUAAUGUGUUCCGUCUGUGUGAAAUCGAGUCUGUCAUUUCUUAUUUAGUUUUAGGCUUUCGCUUAAACCGGAACUAGGGUGCUAGAUGGUUCAACAGUGCUUGUUCAUUUAUAAUUGAUAAUAUAUAUGUAUACAGUAUAUUGAGGUGAUUUGGGUGUUAGCCGACCAUGGAGAUAAUUCUGUGUGUCGGCUGGGGACCAGUACAUUGGGUGUGGUGUAUGCUGCGGCACUGCUUAGUCGACCUGUUGUGCCAAGGCUUCGAGGUCGAUAAAUCGUCUACGGGCGUGUGUUACCGAGCACAUAUUCGGUGGUGUUUUGGCCUGUUAGUGGGCAGCGAGUGUGCACCUCGCUAGGACUGUUGUGUGAUCUUUGGGUACUUUAGGUACCGUGUUUGCAACGUGUUAGGAUUAAAUUAUAUUUAUUCGGAGUGCUCUGUCCGGGUCCAUGGACUUCAGGUUUAGUAUCCCAUACCUCACUGAGUGACUUCCACGUUACUCAUCCCUCAUUUGCCCCUUUCAGGUGAGACUGACGAGUAGGAAAUUGAUCGGACAACUGGUGCUUUUGGGCGUUUUCCUUUGUUCUAUUUCUCAGAUUUUUAUUUAUUAUUUUGACGAUUAUUUCAGUUAUUUUGACUAUGGGAUUUAUGGAUUUAUUUCAUUAUUUAUAUGAAAGUCGAUUUUCAGACCUUUUUACGGAUUUAAGAUAUAAGUUGUUGAUUAGUAGCACGCCGGUCUCGAGUGUUAAUGAGACGGGUGUUACAUUUUGUUUAUUGUAUUUGAUAUUUUUCUUCUAUUAUUAGCAAAUCAAUAAUAGAACUCUGAACCCGGAACUAUAUUUAAGCAUAUAGUUUUAUUGUGCUCAGAUAUUAUUCGCAAAUAAGUUAUAGCAAUAGUACUAUAAAAAUCUUUAAGAAAAUUUGAUGAUUUUAGAUCUCAAAAUUUAAAUAUAUUUAGUUUUAGCACGCAAGUUACAAGUUUUUAGUUUAAAAUAUGUAUUGCACAAACCACUGGUGGUAGUCCAGUGGCGCUUGAGGGAAUAUACCCAAUACGGCGAAUCCUGGUUCGAACCCCGCUGGCCACACGGAUAUGAGUUAUUGCUUUCGGCUCAUUUAAAUGCCCAGGAGAGGGUAUAUCCGUGGGUUGUACCUCCAUCCGAAAGUUAGUUAUGUGUCUUUAAUUGAUCCGGAUUUAACCUUUUUAGUCAAAAAAAAAACUGUAUUGCACAAUAUAGAAAUUAUGUACGUAAAUCAUUAUUCAUUUUAUGAGAGGUUAUAAAUGUAACAUACUAUAAUUUAUCUCCACAUUGUCCUCGUAAGAAACUAGAUGGUUACUAUACUAUUGUAAACAAGUAAAUUUGAAUACGAUAUAAACUGUGAUCAUCAAAUAAAAUAAUUUUUCAUACACAUUAAUACAUAUAUUUUGAAAGCACACUCAUACAUAUGCAUGAGAUGUCAAAACAAGAAAAAGUAGAUUCAUGUAUUUAAGUAGAUGAUAUCUGAAAAGCUUGCACAUAUUUACGUUAAUGCAAACUCUUACCUCACAAACAAUAUAAUAUAAUCACCAAACUAGAAAUAAAUAAAAUUAAAAGAUAUUAUUAUAAUAAUUAAAAUCCGCUCCAUAAUUACACCUAAUAUGUUGUAAAUUUGUUGACUAUAGAAAUGUCAAUCAUUACAAAAGAUUUUUUUCCUUUUUUCUCUGCCAAUAAUAUUAUACAAAAGGUUCCACAAUCUCUAUUUAAACGAACAUUAACAACAGAAGCUAACAACAUCCACUAGCAACAAAAAAAAAAAAUACCUCAAAUUAUAUAAUCAAUCAUCUCUUCAAACCAAAAAGAAAAGAGAGAAAAAAUGGAAAGCAAAAGAGUGAACAUAAUAUUCAUUUCAAUGAUAGUAGUGAUGGUAAUGGGGAACUUUGUGGUUCAGACACAAGCUCAAGACACUCUAUCUUUUAGAACUUGUUAUCCAAGUUGUAUUGAUGGUUGUGCCGUUCAGAAGCAGUUACCAAAAUUACUUUUGUGUCCAUUCACUUGUCUCCUUACUUGUCUUUCUCCUCCAACAUCAAAUAUUCCUUCUCCUCCUUCUCAAAUGUUUUUGGCGAGGGGAAUCGAUCAUAUUGAUUACUUUUGCAAGCUUGGUUGUGCUACUAAUCAUUGUGCUUCUCUUUCAUCCCUCAAAAAUCCGAAUGUAGACAAAGUUGCGGACUGUGUGGAUUCAUGCUCAGACAAGUGCUCCAACAAGAACUAAAAGCACUAAUAUAUGUUCUUGUUUUGAUAAAAAAAAAUCCAUGUCCAAAUAUCAAAAGAUAUGAACUAGUAUACCUUGUAUCACUACGAUAUUCAAUCCAAAUAAAUACUGAUUUCUUGAUUAAAAGUAUUUGUGUUACAAGCAUAUCAUUAGAUGAAACGGUCGACCCAAGAAAAACAAAAUGAUAGAAAAGAGGAUGUUUACUAUUAUUGUAACAAUCUUUUAUAAUUGUAAUAUAUCAUGCAUAAAUGAUCUAAUUUGUUUCCUCUAUAGUAAGCAAUAAAAUCAUAUCGACAAGAUAACAAUAUAUAUUAUUAACAUUUAGCUUUGAUAAACGAACAAGUAAAGUGUAACUUGGAUUUAUGAUUUGAUCAAGCAAACAAUCUUGUUCUUAUAUGUAACUUGGCUUUAGGAAUUCAAAAUACGUACAAAAGUGGAUUUUGCAGCUUGUAAAUACAAUAAAUUUGAUGUGAUACUUGAACUUCCACUUUAGAGGUCACUGUUAAAUGUGGUAAUUGAAUUACAUAGGUCACCAUUUAUUGUAUUUGUUUGAAGGUGACUGAUUGAAAAGUUGUGCGUAGUUUCUCAUGAUGAUUUGAUUGAUGAGAAAUAAUGUAUAAUUCAUUUGUUAUGCACUCUAUUUUGUAUUGGGAGGAUGAGCUGAAGGGAACUACUUCUCAGAUCGUUGCAUAACCAAGUAAUUCGAUAUUCUAGGAUGACAUCAAGAUUGUUCUUGUACCAAGUAAUUCAUGAGUCUGAAAAGCAACCAAAGUUUUUCUUGACUAUUCCAAAGUAGAUACGUUGGCUUUGGUAAUACUUAUUGUUUAAUAAUGUGAGGUUAAUCUAUACUAUACUAAAAGUUAAAUAUAUUCAAAAGAGAGCUAUGCCACAUAGGAUUAAAAUUUCAACCAAUAGGAAAAAGCCAUCUGUCCCAUCUCCUAAAGUAUCUCUCUCUUCAGCUUUUGUCGCGGUAAGGUUAAGGAUUUUGGCCUUUUCCACUUCUUCAUUCAUCUUCAUCGCCUUUCCGCUUCCCUUUCAGUUGUAAAUCACCAUUCAACUUCUCCUCCUCCCACUAAUACAUCUAUUUUUGCAUUCAUCAAAUCGAAGACAACAACUCCACGAAUUACUAUUCCACUUCCCCUCUAAACCAUAUAUAUAUAUAUAUAUAUAUAUAUAUAUGCCAACUCCACUAAUACUGUUCAAAACAUUUCGUAGUUGCAGAAUACUAGGUAGAUUUUAGUUACAGAAUCUACGGCUCCGCCUUGAAAGUUAGGCUUCCAUGUCAGUUCUGAUUUUGUUGUCCUUUUACCAUCAGACAGAGAAUACUAGGUCGAUUUAGGUUUGGAAGUCUUCCAUCUGAUUGGAAUAUGUACCAUCUUAUUCAGUGUUUCCCAAUUUGUUUAUAUCACAAUGCUGCAACUGUAAUUAACAUCUCAAGCAGAUGUAAAUUGCUCAAUCAGAUGAUGUGGAAUUGUUGUUUUUCCUUCCAAAGCAAAACUUUUUCGUUUUUAAUUUUUGGAAGUUGCUCGCUAUUCUUUCUUCGGUGUUCGUAACUCUCCUCUCCAUUAUGCUGCCGCCCAGUGCCACCACGAAGUAUCCCAGUUUGUAAGAUCUCAGAGAUUUUAACAAGUUUUGAUCUUUAUGGUUAUAGCUUUGUACAAACGACUUUGGUGCAGGCUUGCCAACAUGGUCAUUUGGAGGUCGUUUGAUUCUCAUUCGUUUUGGUGCUAAUUCUCGCUGCUCUAUGUUGCUGCUAUCUGCUAGAGGAAUGCCGCUUAAUAAUAUUAAUUAAAGAGGAGCUAUAGUGGAAGAUAAGAUCAAGAAGAACAAGACCAAGAACAGAGCAGUCCAUCUAUAUGUUGAGCUCUGCGAAUACACAUAACAAAUCAGAAAGACAAGACAUGGUCCUUUUCUAGAAGCUAAUCUGCUGUUGCGUGUUAUGGAUGGCUGGUGGUCACAGCUCAGAGGCUUCGUCUUACAUUUUAUCACUUUAUCAGAAUCUUAGGAACUCUAGGUUUUGGAACCACAAUUGGGCAUCACGCUGGUCUAGAAUCGGUGGAGUUCUGGAACUGUUUAGCUAAAGAGACAAAACGAUCUUAGAUUUCACAUUUUGCUUUAGAUCAAACAAGGAAACAGAGGUAACAGUGAUUGUAUUCCUCAUUCAUCAAUUAUUAUCGAGGGUUGUGUAUACUAAAAGUUUUACUUGCCUUCUUUUUGUUCAAUUUUUAAUUUUUUAAUUUUCUUAACGACUUCUACUAUAUUACUCAUUAUUCUAUUGGUUAUUUG